UAUAUCUGCUUAAUAUUUGAGAUAGAAACUUAAAACUAUGUAUAGAGUAGCAAGCCCCUCGGAGUAUCUGGUGAUCACCGGAGUCGGUAUCUCAGACCUUAAGCUUGCAAAGAAAGCAUGGGUCCUCCCAGGUCAGUCUUGUACCGUCUUCGAUGUUUCACCGGUCAAUUACACUUUCGAAGUCCAAGCCAUGAGUGCAGAGAAGCUCCCUUUCAUCCUCCCUGCUGUCUUUACUAUCGGUCCUCGUGUGGACGAUGAUCAAAGCCUCUUGAAAUAUGCAAAGCUCAUCUCUCCACACGACAAGCUCUCUCACCAUGUCAAAGAGCUUGUUCAGGGCAUCAUUGAAGGUGAAACCCGAGUCCUUGCGGCUUCCAUGACCAUGGAAGAGAUUUUUAAAGGAACUAAAGAGUUUAAACAAGAAGUUUUUGAGAAAGUCCAGCUCGAACUUAACCAGUUUGGCUUAUUAAUAUACAACGCUAAUGUUAAACAACUUGUUGAUGUUCCGGGGCACGAGUACUUCUCUUAUUUGGGUCAAAAGACUCAAAUGGAGGCUGCAAAUCAAGCUAAAGUUGAUGUAUCAGAGGCCAAAAUGAAAGGAGAGAUAGGAUCAAAGCUGAGGGAAGGACAAACGUUGCAAAAUGCAGCGAAAAUUGAUGCAGAGACGAAGAUAAUAUCAACACAGAGGCAAGGAGAAGGGAAAAAGGAGGAGAUAAAGGUGAAGACUCAAGUGAAGAUUUAUGAAAACCAAAGAGAGGCUGAGGUGGCAGAGGCGAAUGCUGAGUUAGCCAAGAAGAAGGCUGGGUGGACGAAAGAGGCACAGGUGGCAGAAGUGGAAGCAGCAAAGGCGGUUUCCCUGAGGGAGGCUGAGCUGCAGAGGGAGGUGGAAAGGAUGAAUGCUUUGACUAGAACUGAGAAACUAAAAGCUGAGUUUUUGAGCAAAGCUAGUGUGGAGUAUGAGACUAAGGUGCAAGAAGCGAACUGGGAGCUCUAUAAAAAGCAAAAAGCAGCAGAAGCAGUCCUAUAUGAAAAGAAGAAAGAAGCGGAGGCUCAAAAAGCAAUUGCAGAAGCAGCGUUUUAUGCUCGCCAGCAAGUUGCAGACGGAGAAUUAUACGCUAAGCAGAAAGAGGCUGAGGGAAUGAUAGCUUUAGCAAAAGCACAAGGCAUAUAUCUACGCACCCUUCUUGACGCAUUGGACGGCAACUAUGCAGCUUUACGAGAUUUCUUGAUGGUCAAUGGCGGAAUGUUUCAAGAAAUCGCUAGAGUUAAUGCUGAGGCUGUUCGAGGCCUGCAACCCAAAAUCAGCAUUUGGAGUAAUGGAAACGGUGGAGAGAUAAUAAGUGAUGGAGCUAUGAAGGAAGUUGCUGGGGUUUAUAAGAUGUUGCCUCCUUUGCUUAAAACUGUUCAGGAGCAAACUGGAAUGCUUCCACCGCCAUGGUUAGGCACCUUAGCUGAUGCUUCUACUGAUCACUCUACUAUCAACUGAGAAAACAGACAUACAUGCUUUGCCUCCAUUUUGACUUUAAUGUUCAUGUCUGUGUGUGUAGUAUUCUUAUUCUUCUUCUUCUUCUUCUUUUAUUUAUUUGUUUUUUCUUUUCCCAAAAGGAGUGCAAGAGCUCAAAGAAAAAUAAUUAUUCUAGACAAGAAUGGCUGAAAGAAUCACUGUAAUAAAAGUAAUAAAAGUAAAUGGCAGUCUUUCUUUUCUAUUAUUCCACUA